GCUUGACUCUUGAGAUUUGAUUUGGGGGAUCCGGAGAAGUUUCUCCGGUGUUGAGUUGGCACUUUUGGGAGAGCAAAGAUGCUUCCUGGAGCGCUCGCCGUGUUACUGACUUUCUUGAGCCUCUCUGAGAGCAAACAAAAAGACUUUUACACUUUUAAAGUGGUGAACAGCAGGGGGAAGUUAGUGUCCCUGGAAAAGUACCGAGGUUCGGUGAGUUUGGGUCCGAAAAGCUGCAUGUUUUCGAUGUAAGAUUAUGACAUGCAUGUUUGCGCAUUUACUCCAACAAGCCUGUCUGCACGUCUGCAUGAAUGAUUUUGUCUUCACUUCUCCCUCUUGACAAACUCUUGGUUUGUAGAUGUAACCUAACUAACAGCUGAGGAUCAGACUCUCUCUAGUUCGGUCCGGAUGGUCCAUCAUGUAGCCCCCGUUAGCCUACGUGGCAGGAGGCCUGCAGAGCUCCCCUUUCAUUCAUACAAGGUACGGAUCACACAAACCGGAUUAUCUCUAAUCCCCAUACAAAAGACCGAGUAAGCAUUGACCUGUUACUACUGCAGGCAUCAUUCAGCCUUUGUUAAUUACUUCAUUUGAUUAGGAUCAUUAAAGCCUCGGGUUUGGCUGGUCUGUUCAGUGAAAAUUAACCCUCCUAUUAUCCUAAAAUAUUACUUACACAUUUUACCCUUGAGAUCAAUCUGACUCCAGGUUUAUUUGCCUCCAGAAAAUGAUUUACAUGCAAUUGUUGACCAAGAGUUUUUGUCAGGCGCUUUGUUUAUUUGUUGAGUACAUAAAUAACCCCUGAAGAACAGAGACUGUGUAUACUGUGGACAGUGGCGGUCUUACCAUUAGGCAACACUAGGUGGUUGCCUAGGGCCCCGAGUUUCUGGGGGCCCCCUAAAACCCCUCAUACUUAGGUUAAUAGAGGUUUUACUUAUUUGCCCUCAUUAAUGAUGUUUUUGAUAAAAUCCAUUCGCUAGAAUGCAGGCAGAGUUCUUAUCGGAUUAUGUGUGUCUCGGGGGAUCAAAAUAUACAAAAACAAACGCGCAAUCCAAGAGAGACGAGAAGAGAAUGGAAGAGAGAGAAAGAAAAGAGACGAUAAAAAUAAGUUUCCCCAGUGGUGCUGAAAAAAGGGGAAAAGAGGGAGGACAGCAAAAACUGAUAUCAAAGUGACAGAAGGUGACUGAAUUUUUUACCGCAAGUGAUACGUCGUCGACCCUCCCCUUAAGGAGGGUCAGUCAUGUGGAGAUGAUGAACAGCUAGUGAGUCCUCCAAGGGGUAAUUUUUUUCUAUAUUGAAAAGUAUUUAAUUAAGUUAUGCACGAAAAACAUUAAAAAUAUUUAACUUCCCCGUCGGUGUGAUAGCUUUGAAUGAAUACUGCUUUAAUGUGUGUUAUCAUGUACUGACAUUUUGGGUUGAGCUCGUUUUAAUCAAAUUUAGGUACUGUUGGGCAGUUUAAGCAACUGUCAUAUUUAUAGCAUCACUAUCUCACAUCUCAUCUCUCCUGUGAGAUUUAGAGACUUGAAGACAGUCCGGUUGUUUUUUAUGUAAUACAGAUAAUUUUUUGAUUCCCUGGAAAAAAUAACAACAAUAAACAAAAUGAAAAACAAACAAGCAUCAGCUAUCAGCCAAAUUGUUUUUUUAAACAAAGGUAUUGCCCAUAAUUUCACAAUCAGUGCAUCCCUUGAAUAAAGAAUAAGGAGGGCCCUAUGCCCCAUGCCUGCCUUUGCGUAGGGCCCCCAAAUUCCUGAGUCCGCCCCUGACUCUCCAUUUCCUGAAACCAACAUUGCACAGUAGCGUUGUACGCACUCCACCACUUGUGCAGUAGCGUUGUGCACAUUCGGCGGGAGAGUCGUGGUGAUGUUGCUCGGCUUAUGCGUAUGCCUCUGGCGCGAUAUUGUUUUUUGUAAGAUGGUAGGGGGAAAGUCCCGCCCUUUGCCUCUGAUUGGCUAGAAAGCACUUUAUGGUGUUUUUAAUGAAACAUCAGCUAGUGGUCGUAUACACACACACAGGACCUCUUUGGAUACGCGGCAGGAUCAAACAAAAGUCAAACCAAAGCAAAGCAAUGCCAUGCUAUGAUGUAAUGCCAUACGAUGCAAAGUGAAGCGAAGAAAAGCAAAGCGGUCAACAAAAAUUACUGCAACCCCGCUCCCCUCUCUCCACCUGACUGCAGGUAAGCCACGUCUUUUCAUAACUACCUGGCGUUCAUCUGUGACCCAAGUUCCCGUUUGUUGCCACAGCAACCACAAACACCACGUAACACAUACCGACUUAUCACCUUACAGCUCCUACACUGCAUGUAGGGAAGGGACGAGCUGCUGCUGUUGUUUCUGUACUAACAUACUCCACUGUUUCUAUGCUGUGAUUUUAGGGGCAUGCAUGUCUUUGGUAUGGUUGGUCUUCAGUGGGAAAGCCAGACAUUAUCUUCAAAGCUAAUAGUAUGAGAAUCUAACUGCAGUUUAGAGAGAGGCUGAAUUAAUGGGACAAUCUAAAACCGUGGUUAUUCAGUAACAAGGCCAGUCAGGCCAAUUACAGCAGACACUUGUUCUGUGCCUCUGAUGUUCAAGGAUGGGAUCAGUUUUUCAAAGUCACAGCAAUUCUUCAUCCUUGUUUUUGACUUUAAGGCUUGAAACAGUUUAAUUCGGGUUACUUUGCUUUUAGGUGUCCUUGGUGGUGAAUGUCGCCAGUGAAUGUGGCUUCACAGAGGAACACUACAAAGACCUGCAGCAGCUCCAGCGGGACUUUGGACCAUAUCACUUCAAUGUGCUGGCCUUCCCCUGCAACCAGUUUGGGCAUCAAGAGCCGGGGAGUGACAAAGAGAUUGACAGCUUUGUGCGAAGAGUCUACGGCGUCUCCUUCCCUCUGUUCAGUAAAAUUGCUGUUGUUGGAACUGGAGCCAACAAUGUGUACAAGUACCUUGUGGGUGAGUAAGAUGUGCAGGUGAACAGGUUUGGGUUUGCUUAUGUGUCAUAUAAGAUGUUUUUUUUCCAUUUCUUUGCUUAAAACAGUUGACAGAUCAGAUUAAACAUGCUUGUAAAGAAUGCUGCUGCAGUGCAUAGACAUGGGAAUAUUUUGCAAAAUCCAGGAGUCAGACUCUAGACUGAAAUGCUCCCUUGCUCACCCCAUAAGGGGAAACAACGGUGGCCUUAGAGGACAAGAAGCUCACGUGAUACACUUUAAGUAUCAACUCCUACUCACUGUGCAUUGACAUGAUUACAGUUGAUCCUUUAAAGGUUUGGAAAUAAGAGCUGUAUCCAUAACAACAGUCUGUUUUUCAAGACAGCGGUUUGCUACCAAGGACUGACAGACCGCUGCUAUAGUUCAGCGUCAUUUGAUGAGCAGUCAGAAUAACUAUAAAGAGCCAUGACAAAAGUAAUACAAAACCCAAUUGAAGUUGGGAAAUUGUGAUAAACGUAAUUCAAAACAGAAUACAAUGGUUUGCAAAUCCUUUUCAACCUAUAUUCAAUUGAAUACACUACAAAGACAAGAUAUUUAAUGUUCAAAUUCAUAAACUUUGUUGUUUUUUGCAAAUAAUAAUUAACUCAGAAUUUCAUGGCUGCAACAUGUGCCAAAGAAGUUGGGACAGGGUCAUGUUUACCUCUGUGUUACAUCACCUUUCCUUUUAACAACACUCAAUAAAUGUUUGAGAACUGAGGAGUCUAACUGUUGAAGCUUUGAAGGUGGAAUUCUUUCCCAUUCUUGCUUGAUGAUCAGCUUCAGUUGUUUAACAGUCCGGGGUCUCCGUUGUCGUAUUUUACGCUUCAUAAUGCUCCACACAUUUUCAGUGGGAGACAGGUCUGGACUGCAAGCAGGCCAGUUGAGUACCCGCACUCUUUUACUACGAAGCCACGCUGUUGUAACACGUGCAGAAUGUGGCAUGACAUUGUCUUGCUGAAAUAAGCAGGAAGGGCAAAAAAGAUGUUGCUUGGAUGGCAGCAUAUGUUGCUUCAAAACCUGUAUGUACCUUUCAGCAUUGAUGUUGCGUUCACAGAUGUGUAAGUCACCCAUGCCUUAGGCACUAACGCACCCCCAUACCAUCACAGAUGCUGGCUUUUGAACUUUGCGUCAAUAACAGUCUGGAUGGUUCUUUUCCUCUUUGGCCCAGAGGACACAACGUUCACUAUUUCCAAAAACAAUUGUAAAUGUGGACUCGUCAGACCACAGAACACUUUUCCACUUUGCAUCAGUCCAUCUUAGAUGAGCUCGGGCACAGAGAAGCCGGCGAGGUUUCUGGAUGUUGUUGAUAAAUGGCUUUUGCUUUGCAUAGUAGAGUUUUAACUUGCACUUACAGAUGUAGCUGCGAACUGUAUUUUCUGAAGUGUUCCUGAGCCCAUGUGGUGAUAUCCUUUACACACUGAUGUCGGUUUUUGAUACAGUGCCGCCUGAGGGAUCGAAGGUCACGGACAUUCAAUGUUGGUUUCCGGCCGUUCUGAUUACAUGCAGUGAUUUCUCCAGAUUCUCUGAACCUUUUGAUGAUAUUAUGGACCGUAGAUGUUGAAAUCCCUAAAUUCCUUGCAAUUGUACUUUGAGAAACGUUGUUCGUAAACUGUUCGGCUGUUUGUUCAUGCAGUUGUUCACAAAGUGGUGAACCUCGCCCCAUCCUUGCUUGUGAAUGACUGAGAAUUUUUGAGGAAGCUGCUUUUAUACCCAACCAUGGCACCCACCUGUUCCUAAUCAGCCUGCUCACCUGUGGGAUGUUCCAAAUAGGUGUUUGAUGAGCAUUCCUCAAACUUUUCAGUGUUUUUUUCCCCCCUCUCCCAAAUUCUUUGUCAUGUGUUUCAGCCAUGAAAUUCUAAAGUUAAUUAUAAUUUGCAAAAAAAAUAAAGUUCAUGAGUUUGAACAUUAAAUAUCUUGUCUUUGUAGUGUAUUCAAUUGAAUAUAGGUUGAAAAUGAUUUGCAAAUCAUUGUACUUUGUUUUUAUUUACGUUUAUCACAAUUUCUCAACUUCAAUGGAAUUGGGUUUUGUAGAUCAUGGAAAGUAAUAGCCAUAAAAGUGCCCAGGUUUAAAAAUACUAUCAAACAGCCCUCAAAACAAGUGAUGAAUACCAAAUUACUUACAAACUGAAAUGGAAUACACUGAACCAGAAGCCUUAAUGUGGACUUACUCUCUUAUUCUCUGCAGAAUCUUCUGGAAAGGAACCUGACUGGAAUUUCUGGAAGUAUCUCAUUGAUGUAAACGGCAAAGUGGUGGAUGCAUGGGGACCUAAAGUUCCUGUCAAAGAACUCCGACCGAAAAUAGCUGAAAUGGUGCGGCAGAUAAUCUUGAAGAAGAAAGAAGAGCUUUAACUUCUGAAGAAAAAUGCCUUGACUGUGCAGCCUCCUCAGUACGAAUAUUUGCUGUGUUUGUACAGUAAACCAAAGAGAUGAACUGAGCACAUUCAUGUCACUUGUUCAAUCUGUCUUUGUUUAAAAAAAAGUCUUAAAGUGAGACCAUGUUGUACUUUCUGAAAGCACUGAGCAGACACCACUAUGUUUUCACAUUAAAUGUCAAGUUUUAAAUCAGUGUGACAGUUGAAAACGGUUAAAGUCCUCCUGCACUUCGACGGGUACAAGAAAGUAAAGACGUCUUUGCAGCAUUGACAAAUGAUGUAACUAUUAUGGAAAAAUACCAGAGGGAAAAUGUCAAAAUUUCCAGCGGUGUUACUCUAAAUUUUUUCACAAUGAUGCCCAAAUUACUCUGGAUAAUUAAACAUAAGGGACACAAUAUUUUGCGUGUGAAGGUUGCCUCAAACUUGAUAAAAUUAACACAAAAAUUCAUAAAUCAGAAAAGCUUUAUUGAACAGUGCAGAAUACCCAAUGUCGUUAACCUAAGUACAUCUAAGUAAUAAUAUUUAUGUGACAGAGCAGUAGGUACGACAGAGCACCGAGCCACAGUAAGGGACUCUUUGUAAAGAUUUGGGGGGAAUAAAGUCAUAAUAAAGCAAAGUCUUAUUGUUCUGGGAUGAAAUUUAUAUUAUUAUGGCCAAAAGUUGUGAUUAAGUCACAUCACUACAUGAAUAAAGUCUUAGUAAAGUCAUACUACGAGAAUAAAUUUGUUAUACAUGGAGAUUAAAGUCACACUGAGUAGAGAAUAAAGCUGCAGUAUAGUAUAUAAAGUUGUUCUGCUCAUUAACUUGUAUCCUCUUUCAAAAAAGUAUUACCUGCUUAACUGUUGACUAAAUUAACCACCUAAUUAUUGGAAUAUAAUGACUUAAUGCUGAAAAUAACAUAACUUUACAAAGGCUUUGUUCUUCUAACAACAGGACUUAAAUCUCAGAACAAUAAAAUAUGAUUUUGUCAUGACUUUACUCUCACAACAUGAAGAUUUUUUUUAAAAAGCUAACACUUCACAUGAAUCCACCUCUUUUAAUGCGUCACCAGCACAUUAUAAAGCCUUAUAACUGCAUCUACAAGGCCCAAUUGCAUUCGUAAGGCUUUAUAAAUGUGCAUAUGAUGCAUUAGAAAGGGUGAGUUCAAAUAAAGUGGUACCAAAAA